CCAACUCCUAGUCAUCAUGAAUAGUGAAUAACACACCGUGUUGUAUGUAAGUACUUCAUAUUUACAAAAGCUAAGCUCCUUUAUAUCUAUCUGACUCCAUUUCCUCCUCUGUUAUUACAAGCACUUGUGUACCGCAGCUUCAUAUUAACAUGCACCCGUUUUCUGCCUUCUUCCUGUUUAAACUUUAAAUAUUUUGUAUUUCUCUGAAACACAAAUUACAUCUUAAUUGGCCGUGAUUCUGGUAUAACUACACAAUAUUAAAUACAAAAAUACCGUGUAUCUACCUAAUCAGCCUAAACAUACAUCAUUUACUAUUAGUGUGACACAUAUGUACAUACAUAUGUACGUAUACGAACGUGUGAAAGAAAACCCGUGUUACGUGACGUACUAUUCAUGGUAUGUGCAAACUAUGCGUAAUUUCAGGAAGAUGUGAGACAUUGUGAAACGUUUAUUUUAUGCACUUGAUUAAUACGUGAUGAUAUUUUGACUUUAUGAAAAACAAAACAUUAAGUUUUUUACCAGUGUGAUUAGAGUUUGGUGAAAAACAUGGGUGGUCAAUUCCGAUGUAAAUUGUGUGGACAUACGGCGCCAAAUAAAUUUGGGGUUAUAGGUCAUAUCACCCAUUCUCAUGGGAGGAGUACGAGAGGACGUGAUUUGCAUAAAGAAUGGGAGGAAUUAGACCCCUCUUGGGAUACUGAUAUUAUUCAAUCUACAUUGGAGAGUGGCCUCAAGGCUGAUCAGGAACCCAAAUUAGUAGAGAGUGACAAACCGGAAGCUGAAAUUAUUAAUACGAAAAAUGCCGAGAUGAAAAGCGAUGAUAGCGUCACAACUCAUAAACCUGUAGAGAAGGAUGUAGAAAAUGAGGAAUCGUGUAAAGCUCAGAAAAAAUUAAAACCUUCCAAAUUUCCAACAUUUGGAAGAACCGAAUAUAGAACGCGGGCAAGGUCAAGAAUGGGAGGCAGUUUUGUUCAAAAAUUGCCAGAACCGCUCAAUGCCGCCACUAUUGGCAAAAAGCACAAACUGACCAAAAAUAAGAAACCGACAGUUGUUGAGAAAUUGAGAAAGUUGGACGAGGAUAAACAUGAACUUGACACUAGUGAACUUGUUCCAACAAAUGAAAAUAUUGCAACUGAGGAAAUCAUUGACGAAGGUAAAGAUAAUUUACCCAGUAGCGAUGACACUGACGACAUUUGCAGCAUUGCAAAAAUUCAACACGAUGACCUGACCACUGAUAAACCUAUGGAAAAAGACGUCGUCACUAAUGGCGAAACUUGUAAAACAGCUCAACCGAAAAAGUAUCAUAAUAAAAUCCACCUGCAACGAUUUCUCGCCAAAAAGAAUAAGACAUUAGAAAAUCGUUUGAAACUUGCAGAGGAAAAUUUAGUUACCCCAAUUGAACCACCAAAUACCGCCAAGAUACCCGCGGAAAUUAGUAUUAGUAUUCCAGUUUCCCCUGCCAAAUGUUUGACUCCAGAAAAGCAAGUCGUCGCGCAAAUUAAUAAAACUCCCGAUAAGGAACUUAUCACACAACUCAAUAAAACCCCAAGCCCAGACGAAGCCAAACCUGUCACCCCCAAGACUAAACUGGGUUUCACCAAUUUAGCUUCGCCAAUCGCUGAAACUAUUAAAAGCCCAGAUAAUCGUGAUAAUCAUACCGUCACUGCCGCCAAGGUCGUUAAUAAUAAAUCUCCAGAGAAACAAAGACAACCCGUCCUGGUCGCUAAACGUGCAAUAGAUAAUAAUGUCCUUGUUAACCAAGAAGGCUAUAGCAAACCUCAUAAGCCAAAGACAAAAAUUGGGGGAUCUAACCCCAUAAAUAUGGAACCCUCAUUACAGUUUCCUACACCAAAGCCAAAAUUAGGACGUCGUCGUCUCCUUGAUCCCUCCUUUGCCUGUCCUUACUGUGGAAGGACUCACUCAUCUAAUUGGAAUCUCAAGCUCCACAUUAGAUCUCACACGGGCGAGAAGCCAUUUAGGUGUAUUAGACCAGGGUGUAACAUGGCUUAUGCAGCCAAGCAGCAGCUUCAGAAACAUUUGGCGUCAAAAAUCGGAUGCGGAACUUCAAAGUGGAACAAUUCCGUUUUACAGAAACAAACAUCGCCUGGCGCUCACAAUAUGCAAAGAAAUCCACAACUUUCGUCAUUUGCCAGAGGUUCAACUCAAUCAAUAUUGCAGAAAAUGCAGAAGAACAAAGUCAGGAGGAUAGCGUCACUUCCGGUACAAAAAUCUAUGCCAUCAUCCUCCACGGGUGGGAAUCAGAUUAGAUUUUUACGAAUUCCAAGUUCCCUGCAAAUUCUUCCAAUACAAGAAGAUGACCAAGAUACAAACCAAGACUCCGCAACGACUACUUACAUUAUAAAGCAAUUAGCAAACCCAACUCCAUCGGCCUCAGUUCCAGUUAUCAUGAUAGAUGAUGAUAAUGAGCUGCAAGAAGUUGACUACGUUAGCGUCAACGCUGAUGAAUUUUAUGCUACUAACGAUGAUGGUCAGAUGAAUUACGAGACGAUAAGACUGAAUGAUUAUGGCCAAUAUAACGAUUAUCAACCUGAAUCACCCGAUGUAUUCCCCACCGUUGUGAAUGUCCAAUCAUUGUUCGUCCCUCCAAACGAAGAUUCCACAGUCGUUGAGGUUGAACAGGAGAAGACUCCGGAAAUUCCAAAACCCUACGUUCCACGAAUUUUAGCUAGGAAAAUGACCCAACACAGACGGAAGAUACGGUUUCCCACUGUCGAUAAUAUAGCCCCACUUGAACCGGAUUGGACAAUGAGUUCCAUUCUACCAUCAUAUGAAGAAGAUUUAGGAGGCAUAGCUACUUAUAAUCCAGUUCCAUUUACUGUCUCGUCACCAUCACCAGCUCCUGCUCAAACAAGAUUUAUUUUUGGACCACCACCCCCACAAUUAGUGACACUUACAAAUUUGUCACAAUCCACAUCAUCGAGCACACUGCUGAUGUCACCACCACCGCCACCCAAUCGUCGACCAGUCCCACCCUUAAGACCGAUUGCUCCCCAACCCCCGACAAACAUCCCAACAGCCAUAUUUAAAUGUCUCUCAUGUCUGGAAUCUUUCUCGACCAGAUCAUCUAUGAUAACACAUUUAAAAGGACACUGCAGUGCGUUCAUGUGCAAAUUAUGCACGGCAGGAUUCAACACGGGCAAGGCACUCAGGGUUCAUCAGGCACGGGUCCACCCAAAAAGCAUCACCACCAUUAAAUGUCCCCUCUGCCCCAGGCGGUACAAUAGUGAAUUUACUCUCCAUGCACACCUUGAUCGAAUGCACAGAGACAAAACUGGGAGUAAACAAAGGAGGGAAGAGCUCGUUGCAGACGCACCACGAGACUCUUUCGCCGCUACGGGAAAGAUUGACGCCAUUGUUGAGAGAACUAAUAUCGUGGUGAGGAGAGAGAUGGAUUUUUCACCAAGAGUACUUGCUCCACCCCAAGCUAAACUUCCCCCAGCAUCGUCAAUGGUACAAAAAAUGCCACCACCACUGUCGAAACUAUUGACACCACUACCGUCGAAACUAUUGACACCACCACUGUCGAAACUAUUGACACCACCACCGUCGAAACUAGUGACACCACCACCAUCCAAGCCAGAAGCUGCCAUAGAGAAGAAAGUGGUCUCUACAUCGAUAGAAGAUGAAUUAGAUGAAUUGCUCUUCUCUGACGUUAAAGCAACAAAUGAUUCUGCUCUCAACGUAGAGAAUAGUGUGCUCCUUAAAUCAAAUAAUCUCACUCCCACUAUCACCCACACCCUCCCUGGUUCUACUCUUUCUUCUCGAACCCCUACUAAGGUUGUCACUCCCCUUUGCUCUCCAUCUAUCGAUGACGACUCCCACAUACCCAUCUUACCACCUAAAGCAUUCGAAUGUGAGCAAUGUGGGUCUCGUCUACACUCUGAAAAAGGUCUCUUAAUGCAUAGAAACCUUAUUCACGGGACAAAUUAGUAAACCACGUAAAUUACGAACUAACCAUCAAAACCCGUCGUGAAAACUAUCACUGUCAAAUAUUAAAUCACACCCAAUAUUAUAUGUCCUUUUCUUAUUUCUUACCUGUAAUUUAUAAUGACAUAAAUGUUAAAUACUAUUUAUUACAACUUAUAAUUGGAUAUUGUACUAGGGUGGUCUAGGGUUGGGUUUAUAAAAGUAUAAAUUAUUUCAUAAUGUUUUUA